AACUCCAGCCGGAAGUUUACAAACUCUCAUGUUACAUACACGAGGGAUUGUGAAAUCGAAGUGUGAAAAACAGAUUUACGACGUGUAAGGAGUAAAUAUAGGAGCAGCUGGAACAACGUGAAAACUAGACGCGUAUAAUGGUGGGAACACGUAUAUUAUAGACAAUUUCGGUUAUAAUUUGUUUUGCUCUCCGAAAUGACAUUUUCAGCAUGUCUACAGUAUCUGCGUUGACAGCAAAAUAAUUUUGUUAUACUUAUAAAUAACAGCGGUGACGCAGAGCGCUGAAAAUCGAGAGAAAAUCUUUGUGUUUAGCAGAUGUUAGUUUAUCUGGUGAAUUUAUAUAAUGUCAUCCUCAAUGAUAGUCCCAGUUAUAGAUGUACAGGGAAACAACUUUAAGGAGUUGUGGGCAGCAAUGGUGAUAGCCAUUAAAACAUCUUCAUUCAUCGCCAUUGAUACGGAACUGAGUGGUCUUGGAUCAAGGAAAGCUCUUCUAGCUGAAUCCAUUGAAGACAGGUACAAAGCCAUAUGCCAUGCAGCUCGCACAAGGUCCAUACUUUCAUUGGGCUUUGCUUGUUAUAAAAAGCUUGACAACAAAGCGGACAGCACAUACCUGGUCCAGGUUUACAAUCUGACCUUGCUUUGUUCAGAGGAAUACAUCAUUGAACCUCAGUCAGUGCAGUUCCUUGUACAACACGGAUUUGACUUCAACAAACAAUAUGCUCAAGGCAUUUCUUAUUAUAAGGGUAAUGAUAAAGGAGGUGAUGCCCAUGGGGUAAACAUGCGCUCCUUGUUCGUAGAACUGCUUAGGGCCAACAAGCCCUUAGUGGUCCAUAAUGGUCUGAUAGACAUGGUCUUCUUGUACCAAUGCUUCUAUGCCCAUCUUCCUGAUCGACUGGGCACCUUCAUUGCCGAUCUGUCCCAGAUGUUUCCCUCAGGCAUCUAUGACACUAAGUAUGCAACGGAGUAUGAGCUGCGGUUUACAGCCUCAUACUUGGAAUAUGCCUAUAAGAAGUGUAAGCUGGAUAAUAGCAAAGCCAUUGCAGGAGGUGGCAAUGGGAGUCAUGUGUUCCUAGAGUUUUGUAAAUAUACAGGCAGCAUGCAGAGCUACAUAGACUACAGGCCGUGCUUGGACAACCAGAAUCAGGAUGGUGUCCUCAACAUCUGUGUUCAGUUCUCUGCAUAUGGAUGGUGUCCUAAUGGCUCUCAGUGCUCCAUGUCACAUGACACAGACCUUAUAAUCCAGCAUGAUGAGAAGAUCAGAGAAGACAAGAGGAAGAAGAGGAAGCGCAAGAACAAAAAGAAAGGUUCUCAAGGGCCCUCUGAGGCAUGCAGUUCCCCGCAGGUCAAAAGGUCACACUUUGAAGAGACUGAGUUGGACCAGGCAGUGCCCAUAUCUGAACCAGCACUCACUGAACAGCAGAAGACAGCAAGUUCUGAGCCAACAGAUGCCACACAUGCGUUUGAACAUGGGAAAGCAGCCAGCAAGAAUGGAAAUGAGGAAUCUCAGCCAGAAGCAUCUUCUGAAGCUCCCGUUAGACCAAAAGAGAAGAAAGCCGAAGGAGGAACUCACCGAGCAGGGUUUGACGCUUUCAUGACCGGCUACAUUUUUGCUUAUGCCAGAAAUCUGACAGAAAACACAGAAGAAUCCAGCACUGCUCCCCUCAUCCCUGCAUGUCUCAAUAAGCUCUUCCUCAGUGGCAAGUCUGUUCCUCUACAUGUAGCCAAAAGCACCUUCUCCAAGUCUUCAAAGGCUCAUGUGCACAAGAUGGACUACGUCUGGGGAAAAAGCACUGCUGUAAAACCUGAAGGAACGGCAUAGAAACCUUUGAUUUUCAGAUGUCAAUUUUGUGUACAUUUUUGGUCAAAUAAAAAUUUUUCUAC